AUGCUGGUUGAGGCGAUGACCGAGCAAGGGUGGAGUAGUGUUGUGCAAAAACUCUUCAAGAGCCACGAUCUGGUUCGAGUGCAUUGGAAUGUCGAGGACGAAGUGUCAGCGCUUCAGGAUGGACUAACACUACUAAUCGUCUGCGCCCAGUUCGACAACGCAGCGAUGAUGGAAUGGCUUCGGCUGACUGGUGGUAUGUUCAUAGACGAGAAAGACCAUUCGGGCCGAACGGCAUUGCAUUGGGCUGCUUACAAGGUGUCUGGAAAUGGCCAUCGAAAAUCUGUCCAGUGGCUGCUGUCUCGUGGUGCUUCACUCAUCGAACGUGAUAUCGACGGCAUGACACCACUUCACUUAGCCUCCAUGCAAGGCCACAAGAUGGUCGGAUCGAGCAUUCAUCACACGUCGUUCGACAUGAUUAUCAAGUCGUGGACCUCCGACUCGUUUAGCUUCAACUGA